AUGAUGCUCUGGGGUCUGGUGCUGGGAGCCCUGCUCGUGGCCAUUGUGGGGUACUUGUGCCUGCCAGGGCUGUUCCGACAAUGCAAGCCCCAGGAGCCCCCUCUGGACAAGGGCCCUGUGCCCUGCCUGGGCCAUGCCAUAGCUUUCUGGAAAAAUACGUUUGAAUUCCUGAAAUGCAUGUGGGCCAAGCAUGGGGAUGUGUUCACUGUGCAGCUAAGUGGCCAGUACUUCACCUUUGUCAUGGAUCCCUUCUCCUUUGGUCCCAUCCUCAAGGAUGUACAGAAAAAACUGGACUUUGUGGAGUAUGCCAACGAACUAGUACUGAAGGUAUUUGGAUACCAGUCAGUACAGGGAGUACACCAGAUGAUAUGCUCAGCCAGCACCAAGCACCUGAUGGGGGCUGGCUUGGAGAAUCUCAAUGAGGCCAUGCUGGACAGCUUGUCCUUGGUAAUGCUGGGGCUGAAGGGCUGGAGUCCAGAUGCCAGUUGCUGGUGUGAGGAUGGCCUCUUUCACUUCUGCUACAACACCUUGUUCAAAGCCGGCUACCUAAGCUUGUUUGGCUACACAAAGGACAAGGCGCAGGACCUGCUCCAGGCAGAGGAGCUAUUUGUGGAGUUUCGCAAGUUCGACCUCCUGUUCCCUAGGUUUGUCUAUUCCAUGCUGGGGUUGCGGGAGUGGCUAGAAGUGGGCCGGCUCCAGCGUCUCUUCCACGAGGUGCUCUCUGUGAAACACACCCUGAAGAAGGAUGGCAUAAGCAACUGGUUAUCCUACAUGCUUCAGUUUCUAAGGGAGCAGGAAAUAGCCCCGGCCAUGCAGGACAAGUUCAACUUCAUGAUGCUCUGGGUCUCCCAGAGGAACACAGGGUCUACCUCCUUCUGGGCCCUCUUGUUCCUCCUGAAGCACCCAGAAGCCAUGCAGGCUGUGAAGGAGGAAGCCACCAAGGUCCUGGGUGAAGCCAGGCUGGAGGUCAAGUAGUCCUUCAGCUGUGACCCCAGUGCCCUGAAAUGCACCCCAGUGCUGGACAGCGUGAUGGAGGAGUCACUGCGCCUGAGGGCUUCACCCAUCCUCCUCAGGGUGGUACAAGGUGACCAGAGCCUGAAGAUGGCCAAUGGGCGGGAGUACCUGCUCCGUCAUGGAGACAAAGUGGCCCUCUUCCCCUAUCUCUCAGUGCAAAUGGACCCUGACAUCCACCCUGAGCCCACUGCCUUCAAGUACAAUGGCUUCCUCAACCCCAAUGGCAGUCGAAAAAUGGAUUUCUACAAGGGAGACGAGAAGAUUCACUACUACAACAUGCCUUGGGGCUCAGGCGUCUCCAUCUGCCCUGGGAGGUUCUUCGCCCUCAGUGAAAUGAAGCUCUUCAUCCUGUUCAUGGUCUCAUACUUUGACCUGGAGCUAGUCGACCCUGACACACCUGUGCCACCUGUGGACCCCCAGAGCUGGGGUUUUGGCAUCACACAACCCAGCCAUGAUGUACGUUUCCGCUGCUGCCUGCGGCCUGCUGAGUGA